ACCUUGUUAUAAUCAAGAUCAAGGAUCCAGUUUUAAAUACAUAAACAAUGACUUUAUCCUAUUCAAAUUUUGUUCAUCGCAGCGGGCAGUGGUAUUAUGCAUUUCCAAGUGAUUGCAGUUUUCAAGCUUACGUUUUAAAUGUAAAAAAGAUACCAAAAAGCUAUAUAACUUAAUUUUAGCAUUACUUUGUGCGAAAUAGUGUUAUCAUUUAAUUGAAGUCGUAUUUAGUUGCAAAUAAAAUUGCUAUAAUGACGCAAAAUGACGAUGGGCCUAACGAAACAAAUUCAAAUAUCAACACAGAUUGUGUGAAUUCUAAUAACAAUAAAUACAAAAUUACAAUGGAGUUGCCCUUGUUUUUUACUAUGAUGGCACUUUCACUUUCUGGUGCUGUAACAAGAAACAUAAUCUUGUAUCGUACAUGUGUGCAUUCAUUAAAUCACAGCAAGAAUGAAUGUGAAGGUUUUCUUUCUCCAUCAAAAGCGAAUGUCACACAGCAUUUGGAGGAAGAAGUACAGAAGUAUGAGGCAUUUGUGUCUAUGGUACGGAUAACAUUUGAAUCCAUAGCACCUGCUAUACUUUCUUUAUUUCUUGGUGUAUGGUCAGAUACCCAUGGACGCAAACCUUUAGUUGUGUGGCCUCUCUUUGGUAUGUGUAUAAGUGGAGCAUUGACAGUUAUCUAUAGUAUGAUGGAUUUCAUGGGACCCUGGUGGUAUAUUCUGACAGUCAUUCCUACAUCAUUUCUGGGAGGCUAUACAUCACUAUUCACUGGCGCAUUUUGUUAUGUCAGUGACAUCACAUCAAUAGAAAAAAGGUCUUUUAGGAUGACUUUAGUGGAAACUGCAGUCUCAAUUGGCAGUGUUAUUGGAGCAAUGGCUAGUUCAUAUGUCUUGAGAGCUGUUGGUAUUGUGUACCUUUUGUUGAUAGCGGCAACACUUUAUGUAUUUGCCUAUGUAUUUACUAUAGUGUUCCUGAAGGAAUCAUUACAGGGUGCAGUUGAGGGCAAUUUACUAUCUGUAUUAGAUUUCUCUCUUAUAAAGGAGAUGGGUAAAAAAUGUUUCAAGAAGCGACCUAAUCAUGGACGUGCUCAAAUUCUUUUGCUGACAUUUGCAAACAGUCUUUCCAUAUUCAUAAUGAUGGGACUAAUGAAUUUAGAAUACAAUUACACAAGGACCAAACUUCAUUGGGCUGUUAAGGAGUAUACAACAUUUUCAGCUGUGAACACAACAAUUACAUUCCUUGGGUCUUUAAUUGGUGUUAUUUUGGUACAAAAGUUACUAAGAAUCAGCGAUUUGUUAUUCUCAAUGUUUGCCUUCUUAUCUUCAACUGUGGAAUAUCUCAUAAAGACAUUUGCAGUAACAACAUGGUUUAUGUACUUGGGUGCCGGAGUAUCAAUGUUCAAGGGUCUUUCGUCUCCAUUAAUCAGGUCGAUGUUGACAAAGAUGUUACCACCUGAUGACAUCGCGAAAGUGUUCGCUCUGAUGUGUGCUAUCGAAGGCGUAGCACCUUUGGUGUCUCCAGCCAUAUUCAGCUCUCUAUACGCAUAUACUAUCAAGUCAUUCCCCGGAGCGAUCUAUAUACUGAGCAGCGCUAUUACAGGACUAUGCGUUGCUUUAUUAGGAAUCGUGCAAUACUUUAUAUGGAAAGGUGGAUCACAAACCAGUUUCCAACAACUGGAAGAAGAAGAAGAAUGAACCCUAAUUAUAAAACUUUUAUAUGGUGCUUUUACUUAACUUUCUUUAAUUCAAUUGUCACAAAAAACACUUAUUUUCGGUAAGCGUUUAGUUUAAGGUUUAACAUAUUUUUUGGACUUAAAAGAAAAAAUCUUUAUCUAUCUUUGUAUUCCUAGGAGUUGCCAGUGUGAAUAUUUUUUUUAUGUUAUUUCGACUAACAAUGUUUACAUGUAAAUAGCCCUUGUUUCGAUAUU